CUCGGGGCCGAGCGAGCCGCCCCGGCGCUUCCCAUCCCCGUAGGGGACGGAAACGAGAAACCCGUCGCCCGGCCUCCCGGGGGCAACCGUCGGAUCCCGGGCGGAGCGGGCGGGCUCAGCCGUGCGGCCCCUUUAAGAAGGGGCGGGGCCCCGCCUGCCGUUUGGCCGCCCUCCGCCCCUCCACCUCCCCCAGGCGAGAGUUGACGGACCAAUCGCGCGGGUGGCGCAGGGAAGGCGGGAGAAUGCGAACCCUUCGCUAGGGCGAAAGGGGCGGGGCCCCGGCCUUAUUAGGAGUGAGUCCUGCGCAGGCGCAGCUGCGGCCGCUGGCCGAGGGGCGGGGCCAAGUCUACGGAGACUCCGACAGGCGCCGAGGGCUGAGAGCGAGGCGUGAGGGGAGCGAGGGGCUCGUCACGGGGAUCCGGGCGGCCGGGCAGCUCUGGUAGCGUCUGGGGGAGCCCCGGGGGGACGAGGCGGUGUCGCCUCUCGGGAAGCCCGGCGCCGUCGGCCGCGGGGAACCCCGUUGCUCCCUCCCAGCGAGGGAGGGGGCCGGAGGGAGCCCCGGCCUCGCCCCGCCCCCGAGCUGGUUACCGCGGGGGCGGGGAGUGAGGGUUUCUUCUCGUGGGGGGGAGUGGAGAUCGGGGGACUCGGCGGGGCCCUCUGGAGCGGCGGCCGUGUCCCCGCGGCGCCGGGCCGCCGAGCGGAGGAGCGGCGGUCGCGGCUGUUGCAUGUGCGGCUGCUGGAUGCGGAGGCGGCGGCGGCGGCGGCGGAGAGCGGCGGCGGCGGCGGCGGCGGCAGGAUGUUAGGGCAGCAGCAGCAGCAGCAGCAGCAGCUGUACUCCUCGGCCGCGCUCCUGACGGGCGAGCGGAGCCGGCUGCUCACCUGCUACGUGCAGGACUACCUGGAGUGCGUGGAGUCGCUGCCCCACGACAUGCAGAGGAACGUGUCGGUGCUGCGGGAGCUGGACAACAAAUACCAAGAAACCUUAAAGGAAAUUGAUGACGUUUAUGAAAAAUAUAAGAAAGAAGAUGAUUCAAACCAGAAAAAACGCCUACAGCAGCAUCUCCAGAGAGCAUUAAUCAAUAGCCAAGAAUUGGGAGAUGAAAAAAUUCAGAUUGUCACACAAAUGCUCGAAUUGGUGGAAAACCGAGCAAGACAAAUGGAGCUACAUUCACAGUGUUUCCAAGAUCCUGCUGAAAGUGAGCGGGCCUCAGACAAAGCGAAGAUGGAUUCUAGCCAACCUGAAAGAUCUUCUAGAAGGCCGAGAAGACAGCGGACCAGUGAGAGCCGUGAUUUAUGUCACAUGACAAAUGGGAUUGAAGACUGUGAUGAUCAGCCACCGAAAGAAAAGAAAUCCAAAUCUGCCAAGAAGAAGAAGCGCUCCAAGGCCAAGCAGGAGAGGGAAGCCUCGCCUGUUGAGUUUGCAAUAGACCCCAACGAACCUACCUACUGCUUAUGUAACCAAGUGUCCUACGGGGAGAUGAUCGGCUGUGACAACGAUCAGUGUCCCAUAGAAUGGUUUCACUUUUCAUGCGUGUCGCUCACCUAUAAACCAAAGGGGAAAUGGUAUUGCCCAAAGUGCAGGGGAGACAAUGAGAAAACAAUGGACAAAAGUACUGAAAAGACAAAAAAGGAGAGAAGAACGAGGUAGCGGAGGCUCGCCGUGUUUUCAAAGGGUUCCUUGUCUUUUAUAUACCUGGUUUACUUUCGGAAGAUGUUUUAGGGCAAAUGCAUAAGACUAUGCAAUAAUUUUUAAUCAUUAGUAUUAAUGGUGUAUUAAAAGUUGUUGUACUUUGUCUGUGACCUUAAUUUUCUGCACUGAAUUACCAAAUAUUUUCAGCCAGGUAGUCUUGUGAACCCCUGAUGAGAGGAGCAGGGAUCAGGGAUAGAGUGGUGUGAACGAACUUCAAGCAGCUCCCCAAACCACACCUAUUUCAUUUUCCCCUCGAACCCCUAUGCUGUUUUGGGGGUAAACACAAAAGUUUUGCCAACAUUUUAGUUCUGUGUGCUUAAGAAUUUGCUGUAUUGUUGGAUUUCCUCUGUGUCAAAUUAUCUUGGUGAUUUCAAAUAUGAACAUUAUCCUGUUUAGA